GUGCAGAGAGGAUGCAGCAUGCAAGACUGAUGUCAAGGUCACUCAUCCAUACGGGACACUUAACCUCUUAGAGAUUACUAAAAGUUCGAACUGCGACAAAGUUUUCACUGGACUUUCUUUGCAUAAAAAGUAUAAUAUUUUAUUUUUCGGAGCUCCGCCUCCCACCGGAUAGUGCGUUUCCGCUGCGCCGCUAUGUGUGCGCUUCUGUCGGCGUGCCUGUGCCUGCUGCUCGGCCUCCUGCCCCUGGAGAUCCAGUGCCGGGCUCUGACUCUGCAGAGCCUCACUCACAGACAGAGGUUGAAUUUACCCAGAACCUCUAAAUACCCAAAGUCUUCUAACACCGCCAUCAUGCCUACUGCGUCUCAUCUCCCUGUUGCCGUUGACAACCACAUCACGGAGGGAGACAGACAUAUCAUCUGGAGGACCCUGCUGCACAAAGAGCCCCCGCUGAGGCUGUCCGACCCAUUGCUUGACCAAAGAGACAGUUUUCAAUGGGAAGCGCCGGCCUGGCAGCGUGGGUCACGGGGUCGUCGUCACGCCAACGGUGGCAGCGGGAGGGGCAACGUCCAUCUGAUGAGGGUGGGGUGUGUCCUGGGCACCUGCCAGGUGCAGAACCUCAGCCACCGUCUCUACCAGCUGAUUGGACAGAGCGGGAGGGAAGACUCCUCCCCCAUUAACCCUCGCAGUCCUCACAGCUACGGCUAACAGCACACCUCCAAUCUACCGACGCGUUUAUCAUUAAGGGCUGGCAAGUUAGCCAGGUCCUUUGUUGCAUCAGUGACACAACUGGGGCCCAAAAUAAGCCUUUGAUGUCAGUCCUUGCAACCCUGUCUUCUAGAAAUUACUCUUGUAGAGUACUAAAUUGUUUCGCCAAUGCAUUGUGAUAAAAAAUGAAAUCUUUGUAUUAUUAUUAUUAUUAUUACAUUUUUUCCGCAUGAGUAAACUAACAUUUUUUCAUUAUGUUAUUAGAAAACAUAAUCCAUGCAGGACAACUGUUCUCCCUCCAAAAAAUUGCUGUUCCAAAUCAGUAAUACAUUUCAAGGAGACAGGGUUGGUCCUUGAUGUAUCAUCUGAUCUCAGCUGCUUAAUAGUAACGGUAUAUUGAUGGUUUAUUACAGCUGGGGUCUUUCUUUCAUAGGUUUGACCAACAGUCUUAUCUAUAUCGGUGACAUUGUACCCAUAAAAAAAAAUGAAAAAUCAUCCGCAAAGGGUGAAACACACCCCGCACUGUUCUGCCAAGAAAUAGCAUCGUUAUUGGCGUGUUUGCGCUAUAAUAUCAUAAGUGUAUUGUGAAUCAGACCUUGAGACAGGGCAGAUAGCGGUUGCAAGUGAUGUGCAAUUAAAGGUGCUAUCAUGAGUUUCUUGCCCCAUCGGACUCCAACUUAGUGAUGCUACCAUGUGCCCAGAUCUAAACAAUUAUUCUGGUGAAUACAAUGUUAUCAUAACCUACAGAUAUGAAGAUCGACACUGUGAAAAUGAUCUGUAACGAAACAUAACUUCUGUACUGUGUAGCAUUACAGUCUCUGGUUUCAUGGAGGUGUAGGCCAGUUUACUGCUGUGAAACUAGUGCUUGGUGUUCUGGCUAUUAACAACCAUUUAAACACUAAGUAUCUAAAGGAGGAAAUCUGUGAAUGAGAGAGGCGUCUUUCAGCCUGGCCUACCUGACUAAUGUCUGCUAUCGUCAUUGUUGGUGAUCCUGCUGAUCUUAAUUUACUUGGGCUCAGAGCUAAUCCACCCUGUCUCUUAAAAGCACCUUCAUCUCCCUCUGCAAACAAGUAGCUUUAGUUCCGUGCGUACGGAAACCAAGAAUAACCUCCAAUCAAGCCCCGUUAACCCUUAACCCAAAACCCCGCACAGCACACAAUUAGCCAAAAUAACCACUAACCCUAAUCCAUGAACUGUCGGGACACUUCUUAACAAGACUGCUUGUCUCUCAAUACGUACAACUACACUGCAGUGUUUGUUUUUGUUACCUGCAAACUGUAAAUCUGUGAUGCAUCACUUUGAAUUUUAUUUACUAUAAAGUCUGUUCAAGCCUUAAUUGGUUUAAUCAUAUGUAAGGCCUUGUAACGCUUUGCCUUUUGCCUAUCCAAAUUAAGCCUCGCUGUGACUAUCAAAGUGUUAUUUAAAGCUUUAUAGUCUUCUGCUAUUCUGUGUGUCAGUUCAGUGUAACAGUGUCGGUAGUGAAAUGUAAAUAGGAAUGCAUGAAAGCACUUUAUUCUUCUUUACAUUCAGUGUGACUUGAAUUUUAAAAUUGUGUUAUUUAACUUAAUGAGAGCUGUAAAUAUCCCACUUCACUAAAUCUUCAUAUUCAUGUGAGCGCCCCUUCGAGGUACAA